GCCCUUUAUCUCUCUCACUCAUUAACUUCUCAGCUCUUUACUCUUCCCGUCUCCCGGUUUACCCUAUCACUUCAUCUCCCCCCACAUACUGACUCCCUACCUUCCUUUCCAGUCCUGAAGAAGGGUGUGGGUCUGAAACGCCUACUGUUCUCUCCUCUCCAUAGUUGCUUUCUGCCCCCCUGAGUUCCUCCAGGUGUUGCUUUGGAUUUCCGCGUCUGCAGAUUUUUUAUCCUGUUUAAACCAAUGCGCAUGCGUGGGCGGCACAGCCCGUCGUGAACAUUGCGCAUGCGCUCAGCAGACGCGAGGCUCUCGGGGAUCGGACGCAGGUUUGAAAUGGCAGAACACUUGUGCAUGGGCUGUCUAUUUACGGAUAUAUAAGGAUUGGCCAAAUAUUUUCUUUGCAAGACGGACACAUCUAUUGUCAAUCCUUGGAGAUGAAGAAUUAUCUCAUCCCAGCUGGAAAUGUGUUUUGUGUCUGAAAUGAAGUUUUCUGUUGUAACUCAGUGUUAUCCACAGGAACCGGGGUGCUGAGAACACACCAGCAUUUGCUCACUGGAGAUCAGUUCUUCAACCCAUUGAUUGUAGAAGGGAUUCAAACAUCUGACUGUCUGAAUUGCCAGAUGAUUGAUCGCAGUGAGAUAUCGUUCUCCUUCUCUCAGUGUGGGAAGGGAUUCACUCACAGCCCACCCGCAGACACGCCAGUGAGUUCACAGUGGGGAGAGGCCAUUCACCUGCUCUGUGUGUGGGAGGGGAUUCACUCACAGCCUACCCACAGACACGCCAGUGAGUUCACAGUGGGGAGAGGCCAUUCACCUGCUCUGUGUGAGGGAGGGGAUUCACUCACAGCCUACCCACAGACACGCCAGUGAGUUCACAGUGGGGAGAGGCCAUUCACCUGCUCUGUGUGAGGGAGGGGAACUACUCAGUCAACCAGCCUGAAGAUACAUCAGCAAGUUCACACCACAGUGAGAUGCUCCACCUGUUCUGACAGCAGGAAGCAAUUCAUUCUGUCGUCGGUGCUAAAUAUACAUCUGAAAAUUCCCCAGUGAGAAGACAGUAACCUGUUUACAUGGUGGGAAGGUAUUCACACACUAAACCAUGCCACAGUGACACCAGCAAGUUCAUAACGGGGAGAGGCCAAUCACCUGCUCUGUGUGCGAAAGGAUUCACUGAAUCAUCUCAACUGAAUGAACACCAGUGAGUUCACACUGAAAAGAUGUUGUUCACCUGCUUAGACUGUGGGAAGGGAUUCACUCGUUCAUCCACACUACAGAGACACCAGCGAGUUCACACCGGGGAGAGGCCAUUCACUUGCUCUGAAUGUGGGAAGGGAUUCAGUGACUCAUCUAAACUUGUGAGACACUACCGAGUUCACACUGGGGAGAGGCCGUUCACUUGCUCUGAAUGUGGGAAAGGAUUUGCUCGGUCAUCUCAACUGACUGAACAUCAGCGAGUUCACACUGGGGAGAAACCGGUCAGCUGCUUUCAAUGUGGCAAGGGGUUCACCCAGUCAUCUCAUCUGAAAGUACAUCAGCGAAUUCACACUGGGGAGAAACCGUUCAGCUGCACUGAAUGUGGGAAGGGAUUCACUGACUCAUCCCACCUUGUGAAGCACUGCCGAAUUCACACUGGGGAGAAACCGUUCAGCUGCACUGAAUGUGGGAAGGGAUUCGCUGAUUCAUACUCUCUUGUGAAGCACUGCCGUAUUCACACUGGGGAGAAACCGUUCAGCUGCUCUGAAUGUGGGAAGGGAUUCGCUGAUUCAUACUCCCUUGUGAAGCACUGCCGAAUUCACACUGGGGAGAAGCCAUUCACAUGCUCUGAAUGUGGGAAGGGAUUCACUGACUCAUCCCACCUUGUGAAGCACUGCCGAAUUCACACUGGGGAGAAGCCGUUCACGUGCUGUGAAUGUGGGAAGGGGUUCACUGCAUCAUCCAACCUGGUGAGGCAUAGCCGAAUUCACACUGGGGAGAAACCGUUCACCUGCUCAGAUUGUGGAAAGGGAUUCACUCGGUCAUCAGGCUUGAAAGUCCAUCAGCGAGUUCACACUGGGCGAUGCCAGUCACCUGUUCUGAUUGUGGGAAUGAAUUCGCUCAGACAUCUCAACUGACUGAACAUCAACUGCUCAGAGUGUGGGAAGGCAUUCACACAGUUAUCCACACUGCAGAGACAGUGGUGGGUUCACACUGUGGGGAGGGUGGUCACCUGCUCAGACUGUGGGAAGGCAUUCACACACUGAUCCACACUGCAGAGACAGUGGUGGGUUCACAAUGUGGUGAGGGUAUUCACCUGCUCAGACUGUGGGAAGGCAUUCACACACUGAUCCACACUGCAGAGACAGUGGUGGGUUCACACUGUGGUGAGGGUGGUCACCUGCUCUGACUGGGAUGGGUUUCAAUCAGUCAUUCAUCCUUGUGUCCCCGUACCGAGCUUUGACCCAACGUGAAUUGGAGAGAUCAGAAGCUUGAGAGGACGCAAUUCACUCAGGUUCACCAAUGGUGUAUUAAAGGCAGUGGUUCAGGGCAGGUUAUUUUUGAGCUUUCAACAGUGGCCACUCCACAGUCAGGAUGGAUUAUCAAGGAAACCUUUAUUAGCAGGAGCAAGUGGAGCGGUCACUGAUGGAGUGGACAGAGUUGGAGCGGAGACUUUGAGGCUUUAAUUCUUUAAUUCAGUGGGGAGAGCAGUCAGUCAGAGAAGGCAAAAUCAUGAUGGAGGUAGAAUUAUUUUUGCCCCUUUACAUUUUCUUAGUUGAAACAGUGGAGAUGACAGGCAGGGUGCUGGAAAGCUGCUUUGUGGGAUGUGGGAAGGCCGGGGACCCUCCUGUGUCCCUGAUAACUACACCUGUGAGAAGGGCAUCCAGCUUCAGCUCCGAACAAUCCACAUUACGGAGUUGCAGCUGGAACUGGAUGAACUCCAGAUCAUUCAGGAGGCUGAAGGGGUGAUAGGUAGGACAUUUGAGAGGUAUUUGCACCCAAGGUGCACGGCACAGGGAACUGGGUGACAGUGAGGAAGAAACUAGACUCUCUGUUUCCCCCUGUGCCCAUCCCUCUGAACAACACAGGUAUCACUUUAGGUACAGUCGGGGAUGGUGGGAUGACCUGGCAAAGAAAAGUCACAGCAAUAGGGUCUCUGGCACUGAGCAUGGCUCUGAGACUGAGAAGGGAAGGGAGGAGAAGAGGCGAGCUGUGUUGAUACGUGGCUUGUUAGCUCAGUGAACUGACAGGAUGUACUGUAGGUGAGAAUGAAAUUCCAGGAUGGUGUGUUCCCUCCUGCAUGCUGGCAUCUGGGUCAUCUCAGGUUGAGUGCUCAGCAUUCCUCAGGAGGGUGGACAGUGAAGGUCGUGGUCCAUGUGGGUAACAAUGAUAUGGUCUGGUAGAGUAACGAGGUUCUGUAAAGGGAGUUGAGGGAGUGAGUUGCUAAUUGAAAGGGCAGCUCCUCCAGGCCAGUGAUUUCAGGAUUUCAGUGUGAUGUGGCAGGGAUCAGAAGAUUAUACAGUUUAACACGUUGCUAAAGAGUUGGUUCAGGAGGGAGGGGAUAAGAUUUUUGGAUCAUUUGAGCUUGUGAGGAUUGCUGUGUACAGAGGAGUGUGAGUGUGUAGGUAGGGACAGCACAUCACUAACGGAAUGUGACUGGGCACACAGGUCUCUCUGUCUCUCACAAACACAUCAGUGGAGUGGGAGGGAGGGGAGUGAGAAGGGGAAGGGGAAUGAGGAGGAUGGAGUUAGGACUCCUUCACAAAGUCUCACACUCACCCAACCCUCCCCCUCUGGAAUUGGUCCCAUUCCCUCCCCCAGGCUGGGGGUGAGCAUUGAGUUACCUUGCCAACAAGAAAAGGAAUUGUUCGAUAACUUCUGCUUAACACGUUUUGAUAACGAAUUUACGUUGAACUUGAACAUUGAAAUGUACUGUUGGUAAAACAUGUACUGAUGGGAAAUGGUCUCAGUGAAGGUCCGAGAGUGGAAAACGAACCGGUGUUCAGCCCCACUGCUCCGUGCCAGACAAGAGCCCCUAAAUGAGUCUGUCCGAAUGUCUUUUAUUUCCCUUCUCAACCCCAUUCCCUGCCCUCUCCCCAUGACCUUUGAUGCCUUUACUAAUCAAGCACCGAUCAACCUCUGCUUUAAAUAAUGACUUGGCAUCUGUGCCGUCACUGGCAAAAAAUUCCACAGGCCCCUCAUCUACUUAAAUGCAUGCUGUCUGGUAUCGGGUAUUUUGACCCGAAUAUUUAAAAUGGCAGCUAUCUACUCUAUCUAUAUCUCUUUUAAUCUUAUCAAGCCGUAUCAGGUCACCCUGAGCCUCCUCCACGUCAGA